AUGCUGCCAUUGGAGCAUCUCCACCUGAAACAUGUCCUACAGACAGUGGGUGUCCUGGAAGCAGUCAUCCUUCGCAGUUUUGGCCCUGAAGGAGGACAGGUGCUGUUCACCCGAGACACAGGACAGGCGAUGUUGAGCCGCAGUGGGACACGUAUUCUCAGAGCACUGCACCUGGAGCAUCCACUGGCAAGGAUGGUGGUGGAGUGUGUCUGGAAGCACAGCACAGUAACAGGCGAUGGAUCCAAGACCUUUAUCCUACUGCUGGCGUCAUUACUACGGAUGAUUCACACAACAGCCAGCAAGGAGCCUCAUGUGUCUCAUUCUUAUAACUCCCUGGAAGCAGCAGAGGCUACCACUGCCAGACACUUGGCUGACAAACUGCUAGCAUUUGCAUUGAAGGAGCUGGAUGAUCUCAUUGCCAUGGAAGUGGCCCCUUAUGGAUGCUCGGUUUCGUGGGAGGAUUUUACUGCAAAAACACAGUCAGCAGCUCAUACAAACAAUCACUAUGUUCAAAAGCUACUAGCGUCGUUUUUUCAUACACGUCUUGGUUACGUACACUGUGACUUUGUUAGUGAGCUCACAUGUGAACUGCUCAAUCGUUGGAAGUUUACAAAUGGCCUGCCCUCCUUUGCACUUCAGUUUUUAAAUGACAAUUUCCCUGCGCUGCAUACGCCUGUGUCAGGCUUCCCUAUUAGCUCCUCACGUUUGAUUGAGGGGCAGGUGAUUCACAGGGACUUUGCUACACCAUGCCCUCAGACUGACCACCAGCCAAUUAAAGCUGUAGUUGUCACUGAGGACCUGCAGCCAAAACUGCUCCACACAGGAGACGUGCUUGAGGUGGGUUUUGGAGUGACGGAGGAAAGAAGUAUUGUGCACUUCAGUGCAUGGACGGAAAGGUCACUAGAGUGCGUCAUUGCAAACCUGAAGUCUUUGGGUGUCUCUGUGGUUCUGUCUGCAGUGAAACAGUCUGCUGCAGUCCUGGCCUUAGCCACACAGGCAGAGAUGUGCUUCGUUGAGUGUGUUAGUGAAGAUGAGCUGUCUGUCUUUGCCCAGUUAAGUGGGGCCAGACCUACCUCAGACUGCUGGAGAAUUGAACCAGAGCACAUUGCUACGCUGACUUUUUGCCGACCAAUACUGCUGGGAGCCCACAGGUAUGUCCACAUGACUUUCUAUGAUUCAGAAGAAAGGGUCAUGGCCAAACCCUGUAGUCUCAUCAUUUGUGGCCCAGGGGAAGGACAAACUGACCAGUACGCAUGUGCAAUUCGUGAUGCCAUUCUCAUGCUGCUUACAACUUGGGAGCCCAUGCGUGCGUCUACAACUACAGCAUCAAAGAGAACCUUGCAAUCACCGAAAUGCACAUCUUCAUUUACAGACAAUCUGACAGACAGCACCAAAUACCCAUCCUUCAAUUUACAUCCUCUCCAUAAGUGUGUGCUACAGCCAGGUUGCAUGAUACCUGCAGGUGGGACAUUUGAGUUUCUCUUAAACCACGCCCUCCAGCAACAUAGACGCAGUUGCUCAGAUUCGAAUGACGCAAAUAUUGGUGUCCCUGUUUCCCAGCUUUUGGCCAACGCCUUAUUAAGCGUGCCCCAACAAAUUUACUCCCACAGUCCUCGACGUUUCCUGCACACUCGAACCAGGGUCAUGAGUUUUGUUUCAAAUCGUUUUGACCUUGUCUAUAAGCAAGAGCACAAAGCAAGCCACAUGCAGAGUGAAGGUCCUCUAGAGGAUGGAAUAGUGAGCUUGCAUUGUUGUAAAAAAGAUGACAUGCCUUCAAAAGUUAUUAUGCUGGACUUGGGCCUUGAAUCUGUCUCCUGUAAAUACCAGCUGCUUUUGGCUGUGCUGCAGUGUGUCAAAAGUCUCCUCCGGUUGGACACCGUGUUGCAUACGCAGACUGCCUUACACAAACAAUCACAAAGACUCGUCGGCACUUCCUGGGAAAGCACAGAGGACGAGGCUGAGGAGUGAGAUUUUGUUGUGUGCCAAUAUGAAAGCCAUGAGCAUUUUUUCUGUUGGUAGUUACUGACUCAGGUACCAUUCAAAAGUCACACAGAAUAACUUGAACUUUAAUGCAGAUUGCAACAGAAGUUUUUGUGGCUACGGUAUGUUUUUUUGUUUGUCCUGCUGCAAUAUAUUUACAAUACGUGCCUUUUGUGCUUCUGCAGAAAUACAAAACUAUAUUUCAUGGGAGUAUUGUUGUGGAGUGCAUUUUAAGAGCUGAUAAAAUGCUAAGGUGGUUCUGUACCAUUCUGUUCUGAAUCAAGGCUACUUUUUGCAAUAACAGUAAAAGAGAAAACACAAAACAACCCUCGGUUAAUCUCUGCACAGUGCGGAAUGUGCAGUUAUUAAACAAUUUAACGUUUA